CUAACAACUGCUCGAAUAGCUUCGGCUUCAGCUUUCACCAACCCCAUCAUCUCUGGUGUGAAUGCUGAUCCCUCUGCUAUCCGUGUUGGCGAUGAUUACUUUCUUGUUUCAUCAUCCUUCGAAUACUUCCCUGGAGUUCCUGUGCACCAUAGCACAAACCUCGUCGACUGGGAAUUGAUCGGCCAUGGGUUGAAUGAGAACAACAAGAUCUCGGAUCGUCAGCUUCUGACUACUGGAGGAAUCUUCGCUCCAACAAUCCGCCAUCAUAAUCGUACAUUCUACAUCAUCACGACUUAUGCGGAUAGUAUUCGUUUCCUUCCAGACUUCUUCCCUUUCCAGCAGAACAACUUCAUCGUAUCCACUGACGACCCCUUCUGGAACAACUGGACACAACCUUUGUACCUGGAUCAAGCUGGUAUCGACCCCGAUCUCUUCUGGGAUACUGACGGAACCGUAUACCUAAGCACUGGCUACCCCGAAUUUGGACCCAAGGGAGGAAAUAGCACUAUCUGGCAGUCCAAACUAGAUCUGACCACAGGAUACUCCUUGACUCAACCAGAGAUGAUCUACCGUUCUUCGUUGCCUGAAAACAUCCGAUGGGCCGAAGGUCCUCAUGUCUAUCUCAUCAACGGAACCUACUAUCUCUCGGUAGCCGAAGGCGGCACAGAAGUGUUGCGUCGUCAAACUAUCCACCGUGGACCAUCGCCUUCAGGACCAUGGGAAGCGAGUCCUCUUGGUCCUAUGCUCUUCAACAGUCGCGAUCCCUCGGCUCCUAUCCAGCAGACUGGUCAUGCGGAUAUCUUCCAGCGUCCCGAUGGUAAAUGGUAUUCCGUCUUCCUCGCGGUGCGUCCGCAGCUACCUCAAAACAUCAACGGUACAUACCAACUUGGUCGUGAAACAUUCUUGAGCUCUGUCACCUGGAACGAGGACGGCUGGCCUUUGGCAAACAACGGCAACCUGGUUACAUUUGAGAUGGAAGACCCAAAUCUGCCUGCAAAGUCCAAUGCUAGCCACACGCUACGCGACGACUUCUCGGGAUCUUCCCUGAAACUCGGCUGGGAGUUCAGAGGCACACCAUCCAGACCUUGGUGGCGCGUUGAGAAUAACACGCUGAGCCUUCGAGGUACCACGGCUACAUUGGACGCGCUAGACGGUAUGGCUCUGGUCCUGAGAAAGCAAGACGGACUUUUCUACACCUUCAGCGUCGACAUGACUUUCAAUCCUACUAUGGAUACACAAGAAGCCGGCAUUGUUGCAUGGGUCAAUGAUCACUACCAUGACACAGUAUCUGUU